UUUGAGUAAAAUGACCAAAGGCAUGGACCAAAGAACAAGAAGCCAGUCGUUGCAAUUUGUCUAGAUGAAAAACUUUUGAUGGAGACAGGUGAAGAAAAUUGGACCCAGCACUCGUCCUCCCGUCCAGGACGGCAAUGACUUUUGAGUUCCAACAAACAAAGUCUCUGGACAAAAUGGCAUAGCUAGACUAAACUUCACUUUCUCAUGAAAAUGUUGCCCUCUUAUACACAUUUGUCAAUCACAACAUUACUCUUACUACUCCUCCCUUCAUUCACUUCUCUAAAUUUAGCCUGAUCGCUGCACUGGCUUUGAGGAUUUGUCACUGUGAAACAAGUUUUUUCUUUGAAUCUCAACCAGGAAGAUGCAUAGCAAGCGUCAAAGUAAAGGAAGUACUGAUUUUGACUUCUGGGGUGCAGAUAAAAGUUCAUGUGUUGAGCAUAGUAGAGAUGAGUUUCGUUUUGAAGAACAGGUUGGAGACGGAUAUGGUGAUUUCUCCCCUCCUUUGUGGAAGGGAAAUGAUUUGAGAAUUAGUGCAUAUGAAUCUUCUCCUUUGCUUCCCUACAACCAUCGAUACAGUAACCUGUCACCACGGACACGGUCACAGGCAAUUGCAGAAGGCAGGAAGGAACUCAUGGACAUGAUUCAUAACAUGCCAGAGUGGAGUUAUGAACUCUCAUUGAAAGAUAUCGUUGAUGAGCAACAAACACAGCAAGAGGUCAGGCGUGAGACUCUGACUGAUGCGGGAAGUUGCUGUUUCAAGAAUGAAGGUGAAACCAAGAAGCUGCAGAAGAAGAACAAGAAGAGAAGCACAAAGUCAGGUGAGAUUUUGAGGAGUGAAAGUAUGGAGAAGGAAACUUUCUUGAUCAAGAUGUUCUUUCCAAUAUCUUUUGGUUCAAAAAAGAAAACAAACGUCAGAAAUCGGUCUAAGGUUUCUCCCAGAUCAUCAUUUGACAUAUCUGAAAAUCAACCUGAUAAAGAACAGUGGAUCAGGAGAAGCUCUGUGGCAGGAGAGAAUAAACUGAAUAUUGCCAGGCAUUUCAGCAGCAGCAACAGUAGCACAAGCAGUAAACACAGCAUCUGCAACAGUAGCACAAACAGGCAAGCUGAGAGCAAUUUUUCAUCGGGUUGCUGGCCCAUUUUUCAUACCAAGAGGAACAAAAACCAGAGACUGAGAGGAUGCAUCUUCUGAAUUAUGCAUCAUUCAACUAGAAAUGAUGGCCAAAGUGUCUUUAUUCCUUGCAUUCUCCUUCAACAGUUCUCUCCAAGAAUCAACAGUACGUCUACAAGCCAAAUGAUACCUGUUUUCAACAUUUUAAAGGACCUAAAACCGCUGUGUAUAACAUGCAAAUAGAUGUUGUAUUCGCUAGUCAGUGGAAUUUCAGUGUAAAACCUAUUGCAGCAGCCACUUCCAGUAACAUUUUUGAAGAUGGCAGAUCAUUAAUUUUGACUAAUGCACAUGAUAUUACGCUCCA